AUGCUUCUCUUCUUCCUCCUGCCCUGGGGGGUGGUGUCUCACACAGCCCCGAAGCCGAAGCGACAACGCCUGGAAGCUGUUAAGAAGCUUAACUUCGGCGUGGAUGAUGAGUUGGCUCCUGACGUGCUCCAGGAUGCUGGCCCAGAGGCACCUACUGCUCUCCAGACUGCCGGCUCGGACAGCCUGGAGAUGAGCGGCAUGGCCCUGCUGCAGACCACACCAUCCUCCGAGAAGAAGCGGGUCCUCAAGCGGCCACCCAUCCUGGAGGACUACAUCAAUGUGACGUCCACUGAGGGCACCAGGGUCUUCAUGGUCAUCAGGGAUGAUCCCUCCAGGACAGGGGUGGAGCUCCCCGAUUCCCUGGGCUGGAAUGCACGCAGGCCGCUCCACUUGCUGGGGGUGCCUUUCUCCUACCUGAAGGAACAAGUGGUUGAAGAGCGCCGAAGGCACGUUCUGGAGGCAUCACAGCAGCUGACGGAGAUAAUAAACAGUUGCCUUGAGAGCGAAACCAUUGCUGAGAGCCCAGAGCUCACCGGGGAAGCGGAGCCAGCGGACGAGGAGGAGUCUGCGCUACAUUGCCUCUGGGUGGACAAAUUUACGCCCCGGCGCUACAUGGAGCUGCUCAGUGAUGAUUACACGAACCGCUGCCUUCUGAAGUGGCUCAAGCUCUGGGACACGGUGGUGUUUGGGAAGGAGAAGGCUGUGAAGAAGGCCAAGCCCAGUGCUGAGGCUCAUCCUCCUUUCAACCAGCCCAAGGAACAGCAGAAUAAGUGGAAAACGAAGUUCCAGCUCACAGAGGAGAUUCUGGAGGCUGAGCUAGACCAGCACAAGAGACCCAAAUACAAGGUAGCCCUGCUCUGUGGCCCACCCGGUUUGGGAAAGACCACGCUGGCCCACGUCAUUGCGAAGCACGCGGGGUACAACGCCGUCGAGAUGAACGCCAGUGAUGACCGCAGCCCAGAGGUUUUCAAAACCCGCAUCGAAGCUGCCACCCAGAUGAAGUCUGUGCUGGGUGCCAACGAGAAGCCCAACUGCCUGAUCAUUGAUGAGAUAGACGGCGCGCCCGCGUGCGAGAAGACGGAGAACGACAUCCGCUCCUGCAUAAACACCCUGCAGUUCUUGCAUGGCCGAGGCCAGAAGGAGCUGAGUGUGCAGAUGGUGCAGAUGAUGAAGAUUGGCUUGAAGGACCAAAACAAGGGUCUCUUCUCCAUCUGGCAAGAGAUCUUCCAGCUCCCAAAGGUUCAAAGGCACAAGAUAGGAAUGGACCCCACAUUGCCAGCCCAGCUUCUGGUGGGAGAUGAGGACCUGUCGCACCUCGGGGGGACAGCUGGCUUCAACGCAUCCUCCCACCGCUUCCACCACAUCCUGCACCUCGCCAUCUCCUCGGGGGAGCAGGAGAAGCUUGCCCAGGGUCUGUACGACAAUUUCCUGAACAUGAAGCUGCGGGACUCCGCUUUCAGCUCUGUGUGCUUGGCCCUGGAGUGGCUGGGCUUCUCCGACCUGCUGAGCUGCGCUGUCCUGCAUAGGCAGAGCUUCCAGCUGAUGCGAUACCUGCCCUUCCUGCCCGUGGCUUUCCACCUGCUCUUCGCGGCCACCAGCAUCCCCCGUCUCGCUUAUCCCAGCAGCCAGCAUGAGGCCCUGGCCAAGCUGAACCACAUGCAGAACCUUGUCAUGUCCAUGGUGUCGGGGAUAACGCCCAGCGCCCGCAGCCGCACGGGGCAACAGUCUUUCAUCUUGGAGGUGCUCUGUCUGCUGCUGGACAUCAUUGCCCCGAAGCUCCGACCAGUGAACACCCAGCUCUACAGCCUGAAGGAGAAGCAGCAGCUGGCAGACCUCAUCAGCACCAUGCUGGCCUACAACCUCACCUACCACCAGGAGCGCCUGCCCGAGGGCCAGUACGUCUACAAGCUCGACCCGAACGUGGAGGACGUCUGCCGGUUCCCGGACCUGCCAGCUCGCAGGCAGCUGACCUACCAGGCCAAGCAGCUCAUUGCCAGGGAGAUCGAGCUGGAGAAGAUGAGGAGGGCGGAGGCUUUGCUGCAGGCGCGAAACCUGGGCGAGGAGCCUGGGAACGGCCUUGGCGAGGCAGGGGAGCGAGCGGACACAGGGCCAGCGAUGCCCCCCAACCACCAGCAGCGCCUGGAGCACAUCGUCCGGAGGGCAGCAGUGGAGGACAAGCCUGAGAGAGACUUCUUUGGGCGGCCGCUUCGGCGGCAGCAGGCGGCCGCAGCCCCAGCCCCUCAGGCCUCCAAGGAAGAGUUAAUAGAGAGCCAGAUGGGAAAGGCCGUGGGGAAGAGCGACGUCUGGUUCCGGUUUAACGAAGGCUUUUCCAAUGCUGUCAGGAGGAAUAUCUACAUCAAGGACCUGCUCUAG